AUGGCGCCUUCUUCGAAGAUCUCGAUCUCUGUAGCCGCAGUGCUGGCGCACUGCGUCACAGCGCAAUUUGUGCCCGAACCAACCGACUUGAUCACGAAGAAGGGGCAUGCAGGCAUCAACGUGCGAUACAAGGAAGUACCCGCUGGGAUCUGCGAGCUCGACCCCGAUGUCAAGAGCUUUUCCGGCUAUGCUGAUGUUGAGGAUAAUCAACACAUUUUCUGGUGGUUUUUCGAGACCAGAAAUGGAGACCCGAAAGAGGCACCACUUACAGUCUGGAUCAACGGAGGGCCUGGAUCGUCCUCGAUGCUUGGGUUGUUUCAAGAAUUAGGUCCUUGCGGAAUUGAUUCCAAUGGAGAUGUAUUCAAUAAUCCUUAUUCGUGGAGCAACGUGAGCAAUAUGCUCUUUGUUGACCAGCCUGCUACAACCGGAUUUUCAUACACAAUUCCCAUUCCGGCUUACGAAGAUGCUAGUAGCAAUAUCGUCCAAUUGCCCAAUAACACAUGCCCCGAUUAUGCUCAGAAAUACGGAACAUGCGGCACAUACUCGAAGCCCGACAUUGCUUUAGUUCCCAAUUCGACAACCGGAGCAGCUCCGAAUAUGUGGAAGACUCUGCAAGGGUUCAUGGGGGCUUUCCCAGAGUACACGAGAAAUGGUUUCAAUUUCGCCACUGAAAGUUACGGAGGUCACUAUGGCCCGGUAUUCAAUGAGUAUUUUGAAGAACAAAAUGCCAAAAAGAUUCCCGGUGCCAUUCACAUUGAUCUUCAGAACGUUCUUAUCGGAAAUGGCUGGUUUGAUCCCCUGAUUCAAUACCAGGCAUACUACAACUUCUCCGUAUACCCUGGCAACACGUAUGACUUUGACCCAUUCAACGCCUCGGUGAAAGCAGAGUGGUACAACAACCUCUACGGUAAAGGCAACUGCGUUGAUAGGACAUUGGAAUGCUACGCUACCGGCCGAAAUGACAUUUGCUCGGCGGCGGAUAACUUUUGCAGCUCUAAAGUUGAAACUCUUUAUGAUCUCUACUCAGGGCGUGAUGAGUAUGAUGUGCGCGAGUUGACACCCGACCCGUUCCCGUACGGAUUCUUCGCCAAUUACCUCAACACCCCUAAGGUCCAAGCCGCCAUUGGUGCUUACCAAAACUUUUCAACGUCCUCUGCGACCGUUGGCACUAGCUUUGGAAGCACAGGUGAUGAUGACCGUAAGCCUGGGACCAUUCAGGAUGUGAAGAAGUUGUUGGAAGCUGAAGUGCAGGUCGUGAUGUAUUUCGGGGAUGCUGAUUUCAACUGCAAUUGGCUUGGGGGCCAAGUCAUCGCAAAAGAAAUCAACGCCCCGGGAUACGAAGAGGCAGGCUUUGUCAACAUUACCACUUCUGACGGAAUCGUCCAUGGUCAAGUCCGGCAAAGCAACUUGUACAGCUUCGUGCGAAUCUACGAAUCUGGACACGAAGUACCUUUCUAUCAGCCCCUGUUUGCACUGGAGAUGUUUGAGAGAGCGAUUUCGAGAAAAGACAUUGCGACCGGACACGAAAAGAUGUGCCCCCAUGGUCACUAUCGGACUGUGGGAACCCCCACAAGCGACUACCGGGAGGGCAAUCGUACGAUCGUUUUCAAGGUACUUGAUACCGACGCGACUUACAACACAACCCUGAACGGACCUAACCCGUCUUCCUGA